GCGUCGUCUUCUUUUUUUCCAAAUCGUAUUCCUCCUGCCUCUGUCGAUGAAUUCGAUCAACCCGCGACUGUUAAAACUAUAGCCCAAACCCUAAUUAGCCUUUGUAAUCUGAUACAAAUUACAACCGAAAACCCUAUAUAUUGCCGCAGAUAUGUUGCUAAACCUUCACCCUUCUUUGCUUGCUCCAUUCAUAGUUACAGACAAUGUCUUCUGGGCGUUCAAUUCCAACCGUGGAUAGAAUCAGUGACUUGCCGGAGUCAAUUCUGUUUCACAUUCUCUCUUUCCUUCCAACCAAAUUCGCUGCAACCACAAUGAUUCUCUCAAAGAGAUGGAAACCGGUAUGGGGCUCUCUCUUAAUUCUCAACUUCGACGACAAGGCCUUCAAUGACUUUCAGACAUUUCGCAAGUUUGUUUAUUCAACACUCUUUUCCUCCUCGCGAGACAAAAAGACUUCAAUCCAAUCGCUUACCUUGAAAUUAGGCGUCUCUUCUCUCUUCAAGCAGAGGGAAUUCAAUAGAAUUUUUAAAUUUGUGAUGCAACGCGGAGUUAAGAAUCUUAACUUCAACAUAUUUUAUAAAAAGCGCUGUAUCAAAUUACCUAUUCGCAUUCUCAGUUGUAAGACGCUUCAAGUUCUUACAUUGGAAAAUGUAAAAUUGUGGGAUUUUGAUAAAGUGGAUUUUCCUUGUCUCAAAACUCUUCAUUUGAAUAGAGUUGAAUUCAAAUCUCCUAAAUAUUUUGUGAAGUUUCUAUGCGGCUGCCCUAUUCUAGAAGAUUUGAAUGCAAGAUCACGUUUCCUCCGGAAAUCACUUGAUCCCGUAGAAAACUUGAAUGCUUUACCUAAUUUGGUCAAAGCAAAGAUUUGUUAUGAUAUGUAUGAUCUGAUGACUUUGGUCUGUAAUACAAGGAUUUUGCAUUUAGAACAGUUACGUGGUAUGCCUUGGAAAACACUUCCCAUGUUUCACAAUUUGACUCACAUGGAACUUUAUUUUUAUCAUAGCUCAAAAGAAGGGGAGUGCAGGUCGUUGAUAGAAAUACUCCCACAUUUUCCCAAUCUUCAACAUUUGAGUGUAAUACAUGUUUGUUCUGAAUGUUUGAAGGUUUCACCUAAUCUUACCAUUGCUCCAGAAUGUCUUUCGUCACAGCUUAAAACAUUUAGAUUUGAUUGUUACAGAGGCAAAUGUGACUUCAACUUUGUAAAAUAUAUUAUGCAACAUUCAAAAGUACUGGAGACUAUGACAAUCAAGAGUUUCGGCCUUACAAAGAACCAAAUGUUCAUGAAAUUAUCUUCAUGCACAAUGAGCUCUGCAACAUGCCUACUCUUAUUUGAUUGACUGUGACAGUUAUGUCGUGGUUUUUUUUAAUAGUGUGUAGUGGUUUUUCAUGAAAGAAUUUUUGGAAGUAAUACUUUUUCUUAGUUUAAAGAGAGAGACCAAUCCAUGUAA